AUGCGUCUGAUCGUUUGCCUAUUCGGUCAGAUUGCCGCCUCGUUGGCGUUGUUUCCCGGCGCUGAGCCCGACGAGGGCGACGUGCGGCACGUCUACCCGAUGAUUUACAUCGGCGUCGGACUCGACACACACGCGCACGCGAUUCCUUACAUAUUCGGUUGGCUCGAGAACGUGUUUUAUCCGAAAGUGCGAAUGAGAAUUGAGAUAUUUAUUGGCAGCCGUGAGGAUUCGACGAUUCACCAGGUUAAAUGGUGGAUCGAUUCAACAAAACAGCACUAUCGUCACGUGAAAUUAAUCGAGAAUUCUGAGAAUUGGCUCGAAGAGGCGUUGCGGAAUGGACGACUUCAGAAGGCUGAACGAUGCCUUCUUUUCACCGGCGACACCGUUCCAACCGAUUACACAAUGUUGAGGAAAUUGUUCAAUGACAAGAAGCACAUUGUGGUAUCGCCGUUGUUUCAGUCGAUCGACGGCUCGGCGAAUAUUGAGAACGUCUCGGAGAAUCUAAUCAAAAUGGUGAACGUUCGCGAAGAGAUUGAGAUUUUUGCGUUGCCGUGCGCGAUUAAUCUCAAUUCGAUUGAUUCGUCUUAUUUGACAUUUGAUUCGCAGAAUUUGCCGUUCUAUGAGGGUCCGAACGCGCCGAUUGAGGUUUUCACCGAAUCGGCAAAAAAGAUGGGAAUUGCCUUAUGGGGAGACCAUCAGAGUUCGUAUGGCAUCUAUGUGAACCCAUCAUUGGAUUUGGCGGAUCGCCGACGAACGAUUCGCUAUCAGAUUGCUGAUAUGAUUGCGGAUGACAAAAUUGUGCCGUAUCCGUCGAAAACGGUUCGACCGUGGCAACCGGAGCCGGAAUUGUUUGGAAUGAACAGAAUUUAUAUGAUCAACUUGAAGCGGCGAAAUGAGAGACUUGAACGAAUGCGGAAGAUUUUUGCAAUUUUAGCCAUUGAUUUCACACUUUUCGAGGCUACCGAUGGUCAGAAGCUCGACGAGCUCGGCGACGAAUAUCGAGACUAUCGAAUUCUCGACGGCUAUUUGGAUCCGAUUUCGAAUCGGCCGAUGAAAAAUGGCGAGAUUGGUUGCUUUUUGAGUCACUAUCGAAUUUGGCAAGACGUCGUCAAGAAUGAUUUCGAGAAGGUGAUUGUGUUCGAGGAUGAUCUACGUUUCGCGCAUGACGGAAUGGAGCGCGUCAACGAUGUUGUGCAGGAUCUUGAUGCGAGCAAGAAGCUCUGGGAUUUGAUCUAUUUGGGACGAAAGAAGCAGUCCGAUAAGGAGGAGCUUUGGGUGAAUCAGCACCGUCAUUUGAGCACGGUUGAAUAUUCAUAUUGGACGUUGGGCUACAUGUUGUCGUUGGAAGGAGCAAAGAAGCUUCUAGCGCCGAAUCCAUUGAAGAAAGUGAUUCCUGUUGAUGAAUACCUACCAAUAAUGUUUGAUAAGCAUCCAAAUAAGACCUGGUCGUCGUCUUAUGAGCCAAGGAAUCUGGAAGCGUUCACCCUCUACCCAUUGGUGGUGUACCCACAAAGGUACACCAAUGAGCCGGGAUAUGUGUCGGAUACCGAGGAUUCCUUAUUAGUCAAACCCGCGUCGGACAAGAAUUCUUACGCAAUCCGAUUUGAGAUGGGAUGCGUUCUUUCAAGCGCUGACCUUGCUGGAGAAGGAUAUCGGAUGAAAAUAGUAAAGGAAAUUGCAAAGGGAGGGUUUAGUGAGAUUUUACUAUGUGAAGACAUUGAUAGUCAUGAAAAAUAUGCGGUAAAGAAAGUUGUUUCAAAUUCCGAUGAGGAAACUGAACGAAUUCAGAAUGAGGCAAAAGUGCUCCGCGAGCUGCUCGAUGUUCCGAAUGCUGUUCAAUUAAUCGCAAUGAUUAAUGAAGUCAAUCAAUAUUUUUUUGUGUUCCCUUAUUAUUUUCGGGGUAAUUUGGGCGAUGAACUCGCAAAACGACGAAUUAAUAAUAAUUAUUUGAGUGAAAUUCAGGUUUUACGAUAUUUUGAGCAAAUUUGUAUGGUUGUUGAAAAGCUUCAUGAGAAGAGCUAUGCGCACCGAGACCUGAAAACGGCGAAUUUCUUGAUUUCUCAGGAAAAUGACUUACAUUUGACCGAUUUCGGAUCCUGUUCAAUAAUGCCGAAGGAAAUAAAAAAUUCCAAAGACCAUCAAAUUUACGUUGACGAAGCUGCUGAACUGUGUAGCAUGCCUUAUAGAGCGCCGGAACUUUUUUCGUGUGAUAUUGGGACCACAAUAACGACUAGCAUUGAUAUUUGGUCUCUUGGAUGUUGUCUUUACGCUUUCUGUUUUUUUGUUUCCCCGUUUGACGCGGUUUACGAAAAGGGAGGAAGUAUAGCAUUGGCGACGCAGAGUCCUCAUAAAAUAGUGUACCCUGAUGAUGGAGGAUUUAGCGAUGACUUGAAAGAUUUAAUAAAGUGUAUGAUUCAAGUAGAGCCCGACCUUCGGCCUUCUAUAGGGCAAAUUCUCGAAAUGACUCGUGAAAUUGGCAAAAAUUGUGAAAAUGGCGAUUCGAAAAUAGUCUCGGUUUAA